AUGAGUCCCAUCCUAUUGCUCCAAUACUUUCUCUGUUCAACACUGGUUGCAUGUUACUUAUUCUCAGUGCAAUCGGUAGAGGCUCAAUUAUUCAAUAACGUGACCUUCAAAUUGGGAGAGGUUAAAACAGUCCGAACGACUUGGCCCUCCACUAUGGAAGAUGUUCUUGAUGGAGCUAUAUGGAUUGAAUAUGCCAUCUUUAUCGGAAUUAUUGCCAUUAUACCGAUCAUUAUUGGUGUUUUGGGCUACUUUUCUCUCAGUCUCUUUUGCUGUUUCCGAUGUUGUGGUUUGUGUGGUGGUAAUAAGCCUAAGGAAAUUUACACCACCAAAGAUUUGGUAAUCCCAACCAUCCUGGUCUUACUCGUGUAUGGAGGCUUCUUGACAUUGGCAGGUGUUGGAAUUGGCUUCAGUGCACAAGCUUCUUCUGAUGUACGAACCAUGAUCACAGCCACACUCAAAUUCAUGACAGCAGCCAAUACGACCAUUAUGGGAAUUGCCAAUAUUGGGGACGCCAUUACAUCUAAAUUCUCUCAAGUUCCUGAUAAGCUCACUCCAUUGUUGGAUCAAGCCAUACAACAGACGGCACCUCUCGAUACCAUUUCAUCAAUGAUUGCACAAACACAUCAGCAAUUCAGUCAGUUCAAUUCCAUCACUGUUCCAGAUAUUUCCUUACGAAUUUCGAAUAUUAACUCAAACCUUACAGUGUUGCAGUCUCAAUUCAACGGUCUUCCAACACUCUCUGAAGUGCCAGACAUUUCCCCUGCCGUACAGACAUGUUUAUCAAAUCUUGCCACUGCGAAUACCACUGUUGCCAAUGCCAAGUCUACCGUUAUUAGUAGCAUUCAAAGUGUGAAGAGUAUCAUCAACUCGACACUGGUCGAUAAUUUGACACCUAUUGUUGGACCCACUUUUGCUGGAGUGAAAACUCAAAUCACCUCCAUUCAAUCUCAAAUAUCUCCCUAUUUGAAUGACAUCAUUAUUGGACAAGCAACGCAAUACACCUCAAUUGCAGAGAAUGUGCGAAUUGCGUUGAGUGUUGUCUUCUUUGCAUGGUGUUGCUUCAUUUACGUGUUUGUCUUCUUGGGUCUCAUUUUCAGAAAGUCUUGUUGCAUUCAGACUACAAGUUGGUUGGCUUUCAUCACUGCUUGGGUAUUCUACCUUUUUGCAGUGAUUCAAAUACCAUUGUAUUUGAUCAUUACAGAUGCAUGCGUCAAGGGACCAACAACACUGGGCAUGCUUGGUGAUGGAUUAUUGGGCCAACUCAAUGCAGGUAGUGGCUUCAAACUCCAAAAUGUCUCACUCAUGAUUAAAGGCAUUGCCUCCUGCUCAACCAAUGACUCGCUCGUGAGUGUUCUCCUUGGAAAUGAUUAUCUCAAAGGCUUAGGAAUUGAUAGUACUCUCUCGGGUGUCACUGGCAGCUUCGCCAACUCCAUCUCAUCAAUGAAUAUCAGCUCAUAUACGAGUUCAGUGGACUCUGUGAUUGCAAGUGCCAACACAGGAUCCAUCAAGACCGACCACACCUCUGAUCUUGCAAGUGUUCGAUCCAAAUUACUUGGUGCCACUACAUCUCUGAGCAGUUUGGAUGGAUUUCAAGGUUUCAAUUAUUCGACCUAUAAUCAAGCAUUGACUGAUUUCAACACAUUCACACAGCAGCAAACUGGUCGUACCUACACUUAUGAAAAUUUUGAGACCUUUGAUCCAUCGACCUUGUCAUCACCAUAUAACACUCAAGGUCAAAAUCUCAAAAAUGCUUUGACCACUCAAAAGAAUAAGUAUGCAUCAGCCUUGGCAGAUGUCACCAAGUUCAACAAUUCUGUGAGAGCAAUUACUAAUAAUUUGGAUGGAUUGCAACAAGAUUUUUCAUUGGCUAGCAAUGGCAUUGUACAGUCUUUAACAACACUCGCCCAAAAUGUAGCCACACAAAUUCAAACCAUGACGUCAAACAUCCAGACCUAUAUCAAUAAUUUCCCCAAUACUUCUCUCACGUUCAUCAUGAAUCUUGCCAGCCAGUUGAUUAAUGAUUUUGCGGUCGAAUUUGUUCCUUGUGGUUUUCUUGGCUCCUUCAUUUCCACUGUGGACAGGAGCGUUUGUAAAGGAUUGAAUUUCCAAUUAGUAGUGACAGGUGCUGUUUGCUUUGCUAUUGGUGUUUUGAUGCAUAUUGGAGGAUUCAUCACAAUCGUGUUGACCAAGAGAAUUAGAUAUCAAGGAUCAAAGAGAAUUAAUCCAACUGUUCAAGAUUAA